AUGGCCUCCGCCGCGUCGCCGCCGUCGUGGGUCAUCCUGGGCACCGUGCCGCGGGUGACGACGGCCGCCACAGCCGACGACCUCCCUCCGGGCACCGACCUCUCCCUCGCGCUGAAGGCGCCCCCACGCGUCGCGCUCCUCACCAUCCCGCCGCGCAUCUUCCCGGGCCGCACCACCCCCGCCAACUUCCCGUCCGUCCUCGCCGUCGACGCCUCCGGCCUCAUCCUCCUCAAAGCCGACCAGGGCCCCGCCACGGGCCCCACCGUCAUCCACACCCCCAGGCGCCGCCAGUUCGGCUGGCGCCCGACCGUCGCGGGCUACUUCAUCCUCGACGCCACCACCGCCGCCUCCCUCCCGCUCCCCAAGCCCGAGCUCAUCCUGCACGUGGGCCACCUCGGCCUCGUCCCCUCCCCGGGGGGCGGCGGCCACUACAUGGUCGUCGAGCUCCAGCCCAUCCUCGGCGGCGACACUGCCGAACUCCUGCGCUUCUCGUCCGACGUCGGAGAGUGGGUCAGCAAGGCCAUCCGCUACCCGCUCCCGUACCGGAUGCUGUCCCCCGACGGCGUCGUCUCCUACUACGGGAGGGCCUGGUGGGUCGACCUCUCCUGGUGCCUCCUCACCUGCGACCCCUUCCAGGACGAGCCCGUGCUCAGGGUCGUCCCGCUGCCGCCGGGCAAGGUGCUCAGGUGCAGGGAAGCCUGGGGAGUGCUCGACAAGUACCGCUGCGUGGGUGUCAGCGCCGGCAAGCUCAGGUUCGUGGACAUGUACCGUAGAAGCCGCGGCCCUGCGCAGAUCAGCGUGUGGACGCUCGACGACCCGGACUCCACGGAGUGGACGCUGGAGUACGAGGCCACCUUUGCGGAGAUCUGCGACGACGCCAGCUACAAGGCGACUGCUCUGCCGAGGAAGGUCCCGGUGCUCGCGCUCAUCCACCCCACCAACCCCGACGUGCUCUACUUCUUCCUCGACAAGUACCUGUUCGGCGUCGACGUGCCUGCCCGCAAGGUCGUGGAGUGCGAGGUCUACCACCUGGUUGAGCCGCCCAGGGAGCUCGUCGCCACCCGUUUCGUUCAUGCUUGGCAGCUACCACGGGCUCUCUGCUCAGGUUCAGCAAAGGAGACUGACAAUGACGUGAGUGAAGAGCUGCAGCAACUCCAUCUAUGA